AUGAAUGUUCGUCAAGCAACUCAUGCUGGGUCGUGGUACAGCAGCGAUCCAAAGACACUAAAGGCUCAAGUUCAAACCUUAAUACACGUGGCACAAAAAUCAGGCAGUAACGGAGUGAGUGGGGCAAGAGUCUUGGUCGGCCCACAUGCUGGGUAUACCUACUCAGGCGAAAGAUUAGGUGAAGCUUUCAACGCAUGGGAUACAUCUACGGUGAAAAGAGUCUUUUUACUAGGACCUUCGCAUCAUGUCUAUUUCAAAGACAAAGCUUUGCUUUCGCCAUUCGAUUUUUAUGAAACGCCUUUGGGGGAUAUACCAGUUGACAGAGAAACAAUAAAUGACUUGCUCAAGAAAAGGUUCAAGAAGAAACACGGACAGCCUGUUUUCAAGUUGAUGUCAGAGGAGAUUGAUGAAGAUGAACACUCGUUUGAAAUGCAUGCUCCAUUUAUCUACCAUCAAGGACGGAAGGCUAAACAUGGGGUACCAAAAAUCGUGCCGAUCCUUAUUAGUGGAAUGGAUUCGGAACUUCAGACUGAAUUGGUGGAUGCAUUAUAUCCAUACAUACAAAACGAUGAAAAUCAUUUUAUCAUAAGUUCAGAUUUUUGCCACUGGGGUUCAAGGUUUGGGUACACCAAGGUUUUGACCAAUAAGAAUACCACUCUAAAUACCUUGGAAACGGAUCUUCACUCUUUGAGAUUUUCAUCCGCUCCGAACGACACUCCUGUUUACGAGUCUAUUGAGUGGUUAGAUCGUAUGGCUCUUAAAAUUGCAUCAAAGGGUUCUUCUGCUGAGUGGAAGGAAUAUAUUCGCAUUUCUGGAAACACUAUUUGCGGACAGAAACCGAUAGCUGUGAUUUUGCAACUUUUAGAGCAGUAUAGAUCAAAUGAUGGCCAAGAUGUGUUUAACUGGCUUGGAUACUCACAGAGUAAUCCAGCAAAGUCCUCAAGAGACAGCAGUGUUUCUUACGCCUCCGGUUACGUCAAGUUAUGA